AUGAGUUGGCUCAACCAGCCUUACGCAGGCGGGUACCCGGGCCAGCAACCGCAGCCUGGGUACCUGCAGUCGCAACCGACCGGAUACAUGGGCCAGCCGAUGCAGCAGCAGCCCUUGCAGGUGAGGGAGGGCUCGUUUGCUAUCUCGUGGCCGCGGUGGGGGCGGCGCUUGGGGUCUUGGGGGGGUUGACGUCGUCACUGCGCACAACGUCACGUCACGUCAGCCGACAACUCGGCCUCGCCGACGUCGCCCCCGCACCUCGUCCAUGGACGGCUGUGCAGACCGGGCUGACACAGAUUGAUAUAUUCCAUGCUCAUUAGGGCCAACGUACUGGGUAUGCGCCACAAGGCGGAUUCCAGGUCAGUCGUGUGUGACCGCGUGUGCGCGCGGGCGUACGGCAAGUGCACGACCGACCCCCGUGUGCUCAUCAUACUCGACUCGACCAUCAACUAUCACUUCACAGCAACCCCAGCCGACUGGAUUCAUAGGCCAACGUCUACCGAUGCAGCAGAUGCAGUCGCAGCCGACAGGGUAUGCGCCGUCGAUGCUGCAACCCCAGCCGACGGGCUACCCCGCGCCGAUGCAGCAACGGCCCAUGGCGACCGGCUACCCUUUCCAGCAGCAGCAGCCACCGCCACCGCAGCAGCAGCAGCCCCUCAUGAGUCAACCGACGGGGAUGCCCGGCAUGGGCGGAGGCAUGCAGUCGCAGUUCCUGUCGACCUUCAUGCCGGCCCCGAGCCUCCAACCGACGUCCUUCAUCGACCCCUCCCAGAUGCAAUUCGCUCAUUCGGGCCACAAUGGCGCGUCCCUCGCUCAGACGUUUCAACAGCGAAACCAGGCCCAGACAGGUCAUGCCGACGUCCCUAUCCCGUGGGCGCUGACCAAGGACGAGAAGAAGCGCUACGAUCAAAUCUUCCGCGCUUGGGACCAGCAGGGCACCGGCUUCAUCGAAGGCCGAGUCUCCAAGGAGGUGUUUGGGCAGGCCGGGCUCGAUCAAAACGACCUCAUGUCCAUCUGGUGAGUCUCUGAUGGAAGUCAGUACGACACUCCCAAUUACCCUCCGGUCGCUGACCCUCAGCGCGGUUCUCUAGGAACUUGGCCGAUGUUCAAGACCGAGGCAAGCUCAACAUCGACGAAUUCCACGUCGCCAUGGGUCUCAUCUACAGGCGUUAGUUUUCAUUCGCGAGGACUCCAGCGCCAAUCAUCCUGACCUGAGCUAACGCUAUGCUUGCAUAUCCCCCCUACCCCUUCUAAAAGGUCUCAAUGGCAACCCCAUCCCCCAGACGCUUCCCCCAGAGAUGGCACCUCCCUCCGCUCGUGAUCUGGACGACUCGGUGGGCUUCCUCACCAACCUACUUAAAAACGACAACAAUCAGCGCUCGACGAAUCAGGAUUUUGACGGCGGUCGUGGAUCGAUGGCCAAAGCCCGCUCGCUGCACGACACCGCCCCUCGGCGCGACCGUAAGGAUGCGACCGUCUUCCGCAACGACGACGACGAAGCGCGCACGGUGUACAAGUCGAGUGCUCGCCAUCUCAACCGAGACCAGAUCAGGAGUCGCAGUGAGACGGAUUCGCCAUCAUCGGAUCUCGAUGACAUCAAGGAUCGCUUGCGAACGACUAGAAGUACCCUCGACCGAUCUCGGGACCAAGACGACGAGGAUGAGGAUCUCAAGGACGAGCUGCGCAACAUGAACCGUCGCAUCCAGCGUGUCCAAGACGAUAUCGAUUACAACCUGCGCAGCGGUCGACGCACCCCCGCCAAAGAUGACGAGCGACGCAAGCUCGAACGCGAGCUGUUGCGACUCGAGCACGAAGAACUGCCCGAGCUCGAACGACGCAUCAAAGAAAAGGUACGUGAUAAGAAGCGUGAUCAGCGCAAGUACGCACUCGAGCGCGACUCCCGCAACAACGACUUGGAUCGCUACGGGGAUCGUGACCGAUACUCGACGCGGGAAGAUCCCUACGAGUCGAGGUCGUCAUCCCGUCGCGAGUCCCCCGAGCGCGGCUACAACCGUGGCACCUACGACAAUGGGGAUGGACGCGAGAAGCGUUCGCGCGACCGCGACGAUGAUUAUUACACGUCUUCAUCACGAGGAACCACAUCACCUAGUCGCGCCCGCAAAGAGCCUCCUCCACCGCCUCCCGCUCCUGCUUCGGAACGAGCCACCCCUCCGCCUCCACCACCUGCGCCAGUCGCCGCUCUCAAAUCGCCUGCGGUCGACACGCGCUCCAUGACCCCGACGGAACGACAAGCCCAUAUCCGAGCUCAAGCGCAGGCUCGCAUUCAGGAACGACUGAGGGCGUUGGGCGUCGCAGCUCCUGCAAGCGGUGAAACCGCUGUCGACACCAGCGUCGCUGAUCGACUCGAGAAAGACAAGGCCGAAGCUGCUGCCAAAGCAGCCAAAGCCGAUGAGGACCUCAAAGCGAAGGAGCUCGAGCGGCAAGCCAAGCUUGAACGCGAAAAGUUGAGAGGUAUUGUGAUCGAGCAAUCGAUCAAUAGCCAGAAUGAGGCAGCGGUUGAGCAGGUCAGGGAAGAGGUCAAUGCCGCCGCUCCCGAGCCUAUGAUCGCCAAAGCUGCGAACGAGCAACUGGACGUCGAGGAGGACGCGCUGGCCCGCAGGGAGGCGCAGCUUAAGCGAGAAAAGGAGGAACGAAUGGCCCGGAUCAAGCAACUGGAGCAGGAAGCGCAAGAAGCCGAGGAGAACUAUGCUCGGAGCAAAGCCAUGUUCGCCCCAAAGAUCGCUAAAGUCGCCCCUCCGCCUCCAGCGCCUCGAGCUCGACCCGCUGCCCCACCUUCUCGAACUGCACCAGCCUCUGCGUCGGCAACCAAACCUGCAGUCGACGAUGACGACGAAUUCGCCCCCCCAGCACCCCGAGCUGCGGAUCCUGCCCCCGCGGUCAUUCCAUCGUUCCUCUCUCCGCCCGUGGCGCGGUCAGAUGUCGGUGCGUCGCCCAGCAGCGAAAGCAAGAACCCUUUCCAUCGAUUGCAGCAAGGUGGUGCUUCGCCAGCCGCAGCGAGCGCGGCCCCGGCGGCAUCGCCAUCAGGCAAGCCCAACCCCUUCUUUGCAUCGUCGUCACCACCGGCGGGACCUCCCGCACCUUCCACUCCUCUCCUUGCGCCCGUGCCUCCCGCUCAAACUGCCCUUCGCCAGGCCGGCCCGGUCGCAAAACCAGAGUAUCGCCCGCCACCGGUGGACGACGACGACUGGGAUGCGAAGGAGAAGGACGUGGAUGAGAGCGACAGCGACGACGAGAUCGGCGGACUGCGCGCUGCACAAGCCAACCUCGCGGCCAAGCUCUUCCAAGGCUUGGGCUUGGGUCCGGCUCGUCCGGCUUCGGCACAGGGUAGCACUCCGACGCGUAGCACGGCUGCGUCCCCUGCUCUGGGUGCUCCUGCAGCCCCACCUGCUCCUCCCGCCCCGUCUGCGCCCGCUGCGCCCCCCACACCCAAAGCAGCCCCUGCCUUCGUGGUGCCAACGGAGGCGCCUCCUCGCUCGGCGCUCCUCGGGGCCAUUCAAGGCGGCUUGACAUUGCGCAAGACCGAGACCAAGGAUAAGAGUGGGCCUGCAGUUACGGGCAGCGUCAUCGGUGAUCCUUCUCCACCUGUUCAGACUUAUCGAGCACCGUCACCCCCGCCCGCACUCGCGGGCCCAGCUGCCCAGGUCGCGCCUGCCGCCAAUGGCGGCGGCAGCUUUGGUGAGUCGCACUACAACGCGAACAGGCAAUCCAUUGCCUGGCUGGGUAGCAUGGCUGCUGUUGAAGGGUCCUCGCAAAAUGCUCAGACGUUUUCGAAUAUCGCGACAGUCGCGGAGGACGAAGAGCCUGCCGAGGAAGCCAAAUCAUCGACCCUUCCCGCAAUCGUUGCCGCAAGUAAUGAGGAUGAUCCUCUGGCACCGUUCGAUAUGACUACGAGUGAGUCGUCGUUUCGUUCACCGAGUAUUGAUGUCCAACUUUAAUUGAGUAAUGGUCUUCCACUCUUGCGCAGCCCACCGCAUGAAGUCUUUGUUCGCUUUCCAUGGCGAAGGGCCCAACGACCUCAGCUUCAAGGAGAACUUGGUGUUGAACGUUCACCCUUCAAAGGAUCCGGCCGGUGACUGGUUGUACGGAACUGUCGAGUCGUCGGGUGAGCAAGGAUGGGUGCCCAAGUCCUACGUCGAGGCCUUCACUCGUGAGUACCGUGGUGAUUGAUCGAGACCAGGCUCGCCACUGCAUUCCGACGCUAACGCCAUGGGCACGAUUCAUAGCUCAAUCCGCCAAGGCUCUCUACGCGUACGACGCGGCUUCGGAGGAGGAGAUGUCAUUUCUUGAGAAGGACAUUAUCUCGAUCGUCGAUUCCGCAGACGCGAGUUGGUGGCAAGCAGAGAAGGACGGCUUGAUCAAGCUUGUGCCGGCCUCCUACAUCGAGCUUGGUCAGUAGCACCUCCCAGCCCAAUUCAUGUUGUCGCCGGCGCUCCUCUCUUCUCGCUCUGCCUUCCCGAAGGGUCACCGAUCUCCUUCUCGCCUCGCUUGUACACUCCCUAUCGGAUCCGGCUCCCGUCUUGUGCGUUUCGAAGAUGAAAAUGAAUCUCAUUGAAUCUCCUACCCUUGUUGCCCUCGCUUGCAGGUACAAGCGAGGCGCACCUGGCCCCCGCCCCCGCGCCGCCGAGGCUCGAGAUUGCGAUGACUCGUCCCCAUGAUAAAGAUCAGCGCCUGUCCAUGCCUUCCGAAAGUUCCGGUAUUUCCGAGGAGUCAGGACCGCGCGUCGCCGAUGACAGUGACAGCGAAAUUGAGACCCCUGGCGGUGGCGAUCCGAAAGAACGCGAGGCGGAGAGGCUGCGCGUUUUGGAGGCGGCUGGAUUGCUGGUGAGAGGAGGGCCAUCGGCUGAUCGUCGAAAGCGACGUCAAGCACCUGCACGACCUCCUACCAAACCUACGACCGGGUCUGUCUCCGGAGGCGAUGAGGGCCAUGAGACUUUGGCGGAAGAAAGCGUCAAUCCCGACCCGGCGCCCGAGAAGGACGUGGAUCAGGAAGGAAGGGUCGAAGAUGCGUAUGAUGUAAGGUCAUCCAAGUUGUUCUCACGAGUACCUGAAACUUUCCAUUCCUAAAGUAUGCUACCGUGCACAGAUUUAUCAACGUGUCAUGCGCGAACUCCCGCCCGUGCCGACAACCACGAGUAAUCGACUCUCGAUGGUCUCGGAUUCGACAACGCCCUCGACCACCGCAGGAUCGAUCCUGUACCCAACUUCGCCACCCGCGUCUCCGGCCCCAUCGAGCUCGACAGUAGCUUCGUCGUUGGCUACAGGUGCCUCGAUCAAGGAACAAUGGCAAGCUACUACAAGUGGUUUGCGCGCCAAACUAGGCAGACCGAGGGAAAGCUCAAGCGCGGGACUCGAUCACGCGAGACUGAGCAUCAGCGGGCCCAUCAUGGGCGAAGCCACGGGCUCGGCUCAGUCAAAAUCACAAGAGAGUGCUACUCCAUCCAAUUUUGUUGCUGUAAGUGUAUUCCCCGCUCAGCCCAUGGCCAUUCUGCUCAACUGACAACUCGCGUCGUUCCCCGACACUUGCAGUCUUGGGCGAGUAUGAUUGAUUCUGGAGCACUUGAGAUAAUGCCCGACCGGUCAGUCAACCCCCCAUCCGAGGUGGUUCGGGACACUCUGCUUAGACCAUCGAAUAAUCCGGUGCUACAGGGAACGCAAGCGCCAAGAAAGCAUGUUCGAGCUCAUCACCACCGAACAAGCCUACGUCCAGUCCUUGCAACUCACGAUUGAAGUCUUCUUCAACCGACUCCAACCCGUCAUUCCGGCCAAAGCGCUUCAAGUCAUCUUCGCCAACAUCGAGGACAUACUUCUGUUUGACACCGUACGUACUCUUCUUGCGGCCCACAUGUGCGUGCUCGGCGCUGAAUGCACUGAGCUGCUUCCCAAAGAUCUUCCUAAGCGAGCUGGAGGACCGCCAACGGACGGCAAGAUUGUACAUCGACACGAUCGGAGACAUCGUCAAGAAACACGUACGAGGUUACGAAUGCUAUCGCGGCUACUGUGUCAACCAGGCCAAUGCGGCACGUACGCUCGCCGAUCUCAAGCGUUCCGAUCCGCAGCUUCGCUCGUUCCUCGAGGUGAGCCAUCGUGACUCCAUGAACCUGUGAGGAACUGUGACUGACCGGACAUCAUAUAAUCUAGGGGUCGCGUAUCAAAGGGCUGGAGCUCGAGCACUUUUUGUUGGAGCCGAUGCAACGUGUCACACGUUUGCCCUUGCUGCUGCGUCAGGUGAGUCGGGCACCUCUGUGCGCUCGGCGCUUGUGUUUUGAGAGGUUUGACUGACGCACGCACGUGGGCAUCUUAGAUCUUACGAUAUACCGAGCAGGAUCAUUCGGACCGAGCUCUGCUUACCCGAUCUCUCGAAAUCGCGGAAGGAAUUCUUGGCAUGAUCAACGAAGCUGUCCGCGCGCACGAGAACGAAGAGAGACUGGUGUACCUCUCCGACGUGAUCGAGUUCUCUCAUAGCAUCGAGGCUCGACUUGACCUGACCGCCCCGACGAGAUUGAUGGGACCUCGACGCUUGCUCAAGGAGGGUCGCGUCUCCAAAGUCAGGUCGGGACGCAAGCUCAAUGUGUACCUUUUCAACGAUCUGCUCAUCUUCACCGAGACGAAAGCCGGCGGAAACGAGGUCGUAUAUCGCUGGGUGAGUUGAGCGUAUGCGUCGGUUCGUGCUACGAGCUGCGCUAAUGACCUCGGCUCCUUCCGUAACCUCAGCCCAUCGCACUCGAAGAGUGCAUCAUUCGAGAUCAAAGUCGUGAUGAUCUCACGUUCGUGGUCGCACACCGCGGCGAUACGAUCAAUGUGCGUACAUCGAGCGCGAGGCAAUGCUUGCUGUGGACCCAAGAGAUCGAGCAGGCUCGCAAAGCGUGUCUUGCGGCGGUUCAAAAGAGACGAGGCAUGUAA